AACGACAACGAACCAUUCCGCUACAUAUUGCUGACAGCACGAAUUUUACAAAAAAAGAACACUGAUAAUUUCUACGUGGACAAGGACCGCUUUAAGGAUUAUCAUGUGGGGCUUGUUUGGACUGCGUAAGGACUCAAAGAAGUCAACCCCAGACAAGGAAGUAGAUGGAGGAUUUGUUAUUGUUGCCGAGACAGUUGAAGAACAGAGGCAGAAGCUGCAAACCAUGAACGUCACACAGCCCUCAACAAAUGUCAUAGUGCAACCAUCAAAGUCAUCCUGCUCAACUCCAGAUCCGCAGUAUGACACAAAGUUCCCAGCAACUUCACACAACAUGGGGACAACGAUGAGACCUCCAGCAGUGGAAGCACAUUCAACUCUUCCAGAUCUCCUCGGGGAUGUCCCCUUCACUUUGGCUCCUCAUGUCCUGGCCAUGCAGGCAGGAUUCCCCCUCAUCCCUGAUAUAUUGCUGUCCCGGGACAUAAAUUAUAAUCUAGCCAGCUUUCAAUACGACUUCACUUUAGAGAAUUCUAUUCUUCACAACGCCUAGUCUCUUUGAACUGCAAUAUUCCAUAGUUCACACUAUGGGGAACAGAGCUGGUAGGCUGCCAUAGCUGACUUUAUAACAUAUUGAAGAGAACAAAUCAAACCUCAUCUAAAUGACACAAAAUUAAAUUAAUUUAAAUGUAGGGCUACUGAAAUAUAAUGAAUAUAUGGUCAGAUUGUACUGUUGAUCCCAAAAAGGUCACAGUUUUAUAGGAAAUGAAAGGCUUUCUUAAACUCUGUGUGUUGCUCAUGGUGUGAAUGCUAACUGGCAAGCUGCUUAAUUUAAACGCAGAUGCACAGUUUAGGUUGUGAUUGCCUAAAACAUGGUAAGACAUUUUUUCAAGUUACACUCUGUAGAUAUAAUCAAGUAUAGGGUUACUUUUAUUAGCAAAAUGAAAAUUCCAGGUUAUUACAACUCUGGCCCCAUUGUUGGUGCUUCACCUAUCCCUUUGAGCAGUUAAGAUCAUGUUUUUUUCACCUCCAUGUAGCUGUUUCCAGCCCCACGGGCUAAGGUCCAGCCAGCGGCCACUCCCCGGGCCUGGCUUCAGGGUGAGAGCCCAGAAACCUCUCCCCCCAAGUGUAGACUUGUUCCUUGGUUUCUUUGCUAAGACAACAAAGAAACCAAUGGUUUCUGAAUUGCUCUUUAUCGGUCUCCUCACCCAGGAACAAUUGGGAAACCGUAUCAUGGCAAAUUGGCCCAACCACAUAGCUCCUAGGAUCACGACAUACAAACACCUCCACCACAAUAAGAUGUUGCAAUUUCUGCUCUAAAAUGAAGAGAUUCUGUCUAUUUUGUUUUCCUUAUAAACAUGCAAUGACCAUUUUGUUGGUCAGUGCAUGUUUAUGCAGUUUGCUGUACUGCAUAACCAGUAAAGCAAACAGUUUGGGUUUUUUUUUUUUUUGCUAUACUGCUGUUUUUCUUUUUCUAAUUUUAUUUGUUUCUUUUCUUUUGUACCAGAGAAUCUGUUUGAGGCACAUUGGCUCAUUCCGACUGUUGGAGCCGCUGCUGUAGGACAUUUCUUCGUUAUGGUUUUUCUUCUUCAGGAAGAAAAACCAUAACAUAAAGUGGGUACCUCCAAGCAUCCAUUACCAGGCCACCUGCUGGCUGGGGCUCAAAACAGAUUCCUUAAAAAUCAGAGCCACCACAAUUUUUGAGAAACCAGCAGUCUCUCAUAAAACAGACUGCUGCUGUCUAUAACUAUGUAAAAGUCAUUAUAUAGGCAGACAACAAACAGACAUGCAGCAGACAGCUUGGUCCCAUUCACGGUUGCUGUAGAUCCAUAGCUACAUACCUUAUAUCUUUAGCCUGGAUUCCACUGCAAUGGAAAUAGAACGGCUGCUGUUAAUGCGAAUGUUCGCACCAUAUUGCAUGUGCAGAGUUCCUGCACAACUGCCUGACAAUAUGUGACAGUCUAAGUGAGGACUGACAUUCUGUAAAGAUCAAGAUACACUUUGGAUUCAGGUCUCAGCACAUCUGCUCUGAGACCUAAACCCACUGUUACUGGUUCCUGUGCCAUAAAGAAAGAACUGAAUGUUACAUAGUAGCAGAAUCCACGUCACUGGUAAAUUUACAUCCCCAUAACAACUGAUGUCAUUGAUUCCAGCUUAGUGUUCAGCAACUCUGUGGUUCCAGGCCAGUGCCAGCUGCUUGGUGUGUUUUCUGGCACUGGAUCCAGCCUUUAACAUCCAGUUAAGUAAAUUAUCUUUGGAUAUGUCCAGAACUGCCUUCUUGCUUCACAAGACUAAUGUCCCUAUUUUUCCUCAUCACCAUUUUUAACCUCCUAGGACCUGGCAUCCACAUAUGUGGACAUCACAUUUUGGGUUAUUUAGACCAAAAUACUCAAUUUUGCUCUACAAGGGCCUGAUAUCCACUUACGAGGACAUUAUACUGCUACUGUUCUAUCGAAAUUUUAAAUGAAUAUCCUCAUAUGUGGCCCUUAUUUUUCUUAAAAACAAAAAUAAGGUAAAAAAAAAAAUCUGGUAAUUCUUUGUUUUUACAUUCAUCGGGCCCCAAUAUGCCCAAAUAUCAAAGAGAAAUUAAAAAUGCAUGCCGUGGAAGAGUUCGGGUCUUAGGAGGUUAACAUGUCAAGUUUUUUGUUGUUGUUGUUGUUGUUGUUGUUUUUUUUUUGGGGGGGGGGGGGGUUGCACAUCUGCAUGGUGGCCCCAGUUACAAAAAUGGCCUAAGUUAUGAAUUCGAUUUUCCCUCCAAGAAAAAACUCAUUUUUGUAUUUGUCUGUUUGCCAACAAUUCGAACACUAUGAAAUGUAAACCCUCGUCAUGUGAGGAUGUUGAACUUGGUUGAAAAGGCACUGACUUGGUUAGUAACUUGGUCACUUGAACAGAUUUUGAAAUUCAUACCCUAGGUGCAGUUACUAAAAAAUCUUGAAUGACUUUCAAGACAUUAAGGUCAAGCUCUCAGUGAUCUUGACCUUAAGGUCAGAGGUCAAGUUUUCUAAAACUCCAGAAGGAAGUCACCUGGGAAAUUCAAAUUCAUACCAUGGAUUCAUCUAAUAAAAGUCUCAGAUUGAGUCUCUGUGACCUUAACCUCAAGGUCAGAGGUCAACUUUUCUGAAACUCUCUUGGGAUUUUCAUUAUCAUGGAUAUUUUUACUAGGAAGCUGAGAAGUAGCACUGGCAGCCCCCAGUAUUUUUAAUCCAGUAAAUGUACAUGCUAAUGGUACCUUGCCUUUCCUGAGCUAGUGCACAUUUUACUCUGCAAAACAUCUUGUGAGCAUCUUGUGACCUAUACAUGGGUUAAUUGUAUCCCACUUUUUGCAUUUAAACAUUCACUGCUGUAAUCAGCAUUAAUAUAUUGAUACUUGUACUUCAGAUGUCAUGAAGAUUCAUGCAAGUCAUGGGUGACACUCAAACUUUACCUUUAGGUAAAUUCAUAUUAAAUUAUCAAUAUGCUGAAUUCACAGAUGGGUUUCUACAAUGGAUGUAAUUUCAACAUCCUGUAAGCUUUUUAACCAGUUACUAGUGGCACUCCGUCACUGUGUGUGUGUGUUCCUGUCUAGCUAUCUUUGUGAGUACCGAAAUCUGCAUUCUACUAUACUUUUGAGAACCAACAGUCACUUGUGAGGACACACACACCGGUCCUGACAAAUUUUAAGGCCUUUUUGAGGCUCAAAAUGUGGUUUUAGUGUCAGGGUUAGGCAUUCAUUUUUAACGGUUAGGGUUAGGGUAAGGGGCUAAGGAAACCAUUAUGUCAAUGAAGGUCCUCACUAAGAUAGCUGAAUGGGCUUGUGUGUGUGUGUGUGUGUGUGUGUGUGUGUGUGUGUGUGUGUGUGUGUGCUGUGUGUGUGUAGCAAUGGUUAGGUUGACCUCUUAAGUUGAGGUUUGCUGAGAUGGAAUGUCUGUAUAUUUUCUUUCUUUUUUUGGCCCAUCCUAUUCCUCGAGGAAUCUGUUGGUAAUGUGUGGCCUUGAUUGUGACUGGGGACAUUUUUUUUUCACCGAUAAAUUGUUGUUGAGCAUUGUUUACCUUGUGUCCGUAUAGUUAUUUUGUCUCCUUUUUUUAAAUAUCUGGACAUUUUAUUGCUACUCUUUGUAUUGCUUUCUUUGGGGAAUGUCAUAGUUUCAAAAAUAAACU